AUGUUAAUAUUCACUGAAUACACAAAAGAUUCGGAUAGCUGCGAACACUUAGCACAAAUACUGCAUGAAUCUGGCCAACACGAGCCAGCUCAAAAUUUGCGCCAGUUUAAUAAGCCUAUAGAGCCUAUCGAUUGUAGACUUAAUGUAUCGGUCACUGUGGAAAAAGCGACCAGGAUGAGAUCUGGAGGCGAAUUGUGGUACAAAAUGGAUGCAAAACCCAGGGGAAAGGCGUUUAUAUUUGUUACAACAGACUUGUAUUUCGACGUGGAAAUAGUGGUAAUGGAUUCUUGUCAAGAAAUGAUUACUACGUUAAAGGCUUUUGCGGUUAAAGAAUUCACUGGCGAUGCUGUAAUUGUUAUGUAUAUUGGACAUGGUAAAGAAGAACACAUCUGUAUUAAUCAUGUCGAAGAAGAUUUAAAGAAAGAAGUGAUAAUUGCCAGAACCAAACGUACGGACAAAGUAAUGCUCCUUAGUAUGGCACCCGUAGACGAUGAGUACUACAAUCAAAACAUUGGGGCAGCAUAUAUUAUCUCGACGAGUAGUGAAGGUUAUAUGGCUUCUUAUGUGAAAAAGAACGGGAUUUAUACAACAAUAUUUGGCCGAUUUUUUAUGCAGCGCCUAGCUCAGGAUGCGUGCACACUUAAUUUGAAACAACUAUUUAACAAGACCUGUGCUGAUAUAACCACCAAAAGUGAUAUAGAACAACGGCCUGUUAUGCGUGAAUUUAUGGUCACCAAGGACUUAUAUUUUAACCCUGGUCUGCCUAAAAAUGUGGACAAUUAAAUCACAAAAGCACAACAAUCUUAAUUAACUGGAUAUAAAUUUGAUGAGAAAUUAAAAUUAUUUUACUCCAUUAUGAUCUAUAUUUAAAAUUAUCCAACAAUUUCCAAAACAUUCACUCAAUUUUAAUCCAGA